CGGUAGAGCAGCCAUCGGCUGAUUCAAGAAAGCGGUCUCCACGGACCAAGGCGCGCAUGAUCCAAGAGAUCAGGAACUACAUCGCAGCGUCCGACGACGAAAGUGACAAAGUACGAGACGAGAUCGAGAAGUUGGUUGAGGCAUUGGAGAAGCGGAAGAGGAAGAAUAAGAAGAAAUCACCAAUCGUAAGUAAGACUACGAGUCGGACGGUGAGGAAGAAGACAUCGCAGCGAAAGGGGAAAGCACAAGUGACGGAUGAGGACGGUCACGACGAAGGUUUCUUGACUCCUAAGAAGGUGGGCCCUGCGGGAGGCUCGAGUGAGGAAUUGAUUGAGUAUGCACUCUCUCAGACACACGCCCUGAGUGCCAUGAAAGCGACAGAGCUUCGCAGGAUCUGCGAUCAGGAGGGAGUUAAAUAUAUAGUGUUGCCAUUAGUGACGGGAGUAGAGGACGGGCUAGUAGUUGAAAGAUCUAUGAUUCACAGGUUCUCGCCUGUUCUUAACACGAUUGGGUGUGUGAGGACACGACCGAAGAAGCGACGGAAGGGGAGACUGAGAGGGAGAAAAGAUGAUAGGGACGGUGGAAUAGUCUUUUUCCGGUAUGAGGCGAAAUCGUAUGCGUCGUUGGCAGAUCUCUUAGACAAUAUCAAUGGGAAGCAAGAAGUGAGACUGACCUCAGAAGCGGGAAGGGUAUGGGUCGGCUCAUGGAAGAAGUUGUGGGAGAAAUACGGACAGACCUAUAUCCUCAUUGGGCAGACUCGGAAGAAGUUGUGGGAGGCUAAGAGGGAUAUUGAAGCAGGCUGUGCGUUUAGGAUAGUCAAUCUGGUUUCAACCCCGACCAGCACGCAGCGAAACAAGCGCUUUCUUCGAGAUACUCUGAUGCAACCUUGGCGGGUCCGCACCAUAUACAAGCUAUCGAGUAGGAAGCUCGUAGCCUUAUACAGGACGGCGGGCUUGUUCUCGAGCAGCACUACACGAAACUGUUUGAAGAACCGGAUCUCGCGUGUAUUGAAGCAGAAGUUUGGGGUCGAGGUGAGAAGGAGAUUGUACGUGAAGAUUCCGUACUCGGUCCAGGUGAAUCAGAGUGCUGUUAGGGACCUCAUGACGAAGGUGAUUACUAUAUCCGUACCUGAUGAAGCCAUUCGCACUCUCGUGAUAGAGAGGAUGAGGAUGGUUAAGACGAAGGGCAGGAUGGUUGCCAACAUCAUCCACAACUACAAGAAGAAGCUGCAAAAUGGUGAGGAAGGGUGUACGUGUUCAAGGUUGUCGCUACAACGGUUUCAGGGACACGUGCGGACGAGAUUGGACGAGGUGCGAGGUGUACAUCGGUUCGUUCUCAAUUCAAGGAAUGUUACUUGCGGUAGGGUCGUAAGCACAUUGGAACUCCCGGAGGCCAUCAUCAAGGUGAUACCGAAGACAUGGAGGAACAAUUUGCUACAGCUGUCUGACGCAGAUGUCCGGAGAUGCGUCCAUGAGCAGAUGGCAUUGCCAUCUGCGCUGACCGAGCAGGAGGUCGCCCGCAACGUGCGCGCCAUACGCUCUCUAGUCCUGGUGUCCUUGGAUAGGAAUCCAGGCGUGACUCUGGUAAUAUGUCCAGUGUUGUACUUCCAUGGCUUCCGCAUGACGUUCAGUUGGAAUCCCGGCUUCGUAAAUAAGACGCAGAAUGAAGAGCGGGUAUUAGCAGAGUCGAAGGCUGCGUACAAAGAAGCCGGACUCCUGCAUGUAGCCACGUGGCGGACGUGUGGAAGACUGGGAAGGGCCUAUGUAAUCCCGAAGGAUAAGGAUUACGGAAGAUGGUGUCCGAUCUCACCGUUGUGGUCGGAACCAUCCAGGACAGCGAGCUCUAGACUGGGGAGAGCCCUGAGGUAUAUGCUUGUGUGCCUGCCGGAGAAUCAGCACUUUAGCCUACGAGCUACAGACAACUUGAAGGCAGUCAUGACUAAGAAGGUUGCAGCUGUGGCGAUACGGUCGUAGGAAGGAGCUAUGACAUAAAAGAUAUGUUUGCUAAGCUCCCCUAUGGCGAUAUCAUCACGUCGGUAACCUGGUUGGUUC